UUGGCCAACAAUUCAGCUUGCCGCUCUCGUUUGUUGCUCCCAUUCGCUUUUAUGACCUGACCGUGAAAUCAAUAGACAUCAAAUAUUUAAAUCGGUGCGGUGGCAAAUUUAGCAUGACGGAACACACGGAGGUCGUGCCCCACAAUGGCCUGAUGGAUGGAAUCGCCUGGGGGGUUGGGGUCCCCGUGGAGGCCCUCCGAUUGCUCCUAACCAUCCUGGCCGGCUAUCCCUUGGCAGCGUUCUAUCAAAAGUUUAUAGCCGUCAUUGCCGAUAAGACCGUGCAUCACAUGUUCUUUGCCGGAUGCGGCGCUGGGUUGUGUUACUUUAACUAUGGCCGCGACACAUAUCACUCCCUGGUGGCCAUCCUGACCACCUAUUUCCUGGUACUUCUCCUGCGAAAGAAAGCACAAAUAUUCCUGGCCAUAAACUUUGUAUUCCACAUGACUUAUCUGCUGCUUGGCUACUUCUACACCUCCAGCAAUGAAUACGAUAUUCUGUGGACGAUGCCCCACUGCAUUUUGGUACUCCGAAUGAUUGGCUACGGCUUUGACAUCACCGACGGACUGAAAGAGGAAUCGCAGUUGUCUAAGGAGCAGAAGGAAACAGCUCUGAAGGAACCCCCUUCGCUGCUGGAACUCUUGGCCUUUGCCUAUUUCCCCAGUGGAUUCUUGGUGGGUCCACAGUUUCCCUAUAGCCGCUAUCAGGCCUUCGUCGACGGCAAAUUCCGUCAGCACGAGGGGAGCUUGGAGGCUGGCGUGCGCCGGUUUGGAGCCGGCGCCGUCUACCUGAUCGUGUGUCAAGUGGGUCUGAGAUAUCUACCCGACUCGUACUUCCUCACCCCGGAGUUUGCGGAAGUUCCGUUUAUCAAGAGGAUCUAUUUCCUGGGCUUCUGGGCCAAAUUCAGUCUGUACAAGUACAUAUCAUGCUGGAUGCUCACAGAGGGAGCACUCAUCUGCAUUGGCUUAACGUACAAAGGAGAGGACAAGAACGGGCAACCCGAUUGGUCGGGCUGCAGCAAUGUGAAGCUAAAGCUCCUGGAGACGGGGAACACGAUGGAACACUACGUGCAAAGCUUCAAUGUGAACACGAAUCAGUGGGUGGGACAGUAUAUCUACAAGCGACUGAAGUUUCUCAACAAUAGAACGAUCAGCUAUGGCGCGGCUUUGGGUUUCUUGGCCAUCUGGCACGGAUACCACAGCGGAUACUACAUGACCUUCCUCAUGGAAUACAUGGUCGUGAGCACCGAAAAGCAAAUAACCCGCUUUUACACCAAAGUGGUGUUGCCCAAGUGGGGCCACAUCCUCAACAACUCGGACAUUUACAAACUGCUGUACUUCAUCACUAUGAAAUCGUAUAACGUAGUUUACAUGGGUUGGUGUCUCACCGCAUUUGUGUUUCUGAAAUACGAGCGUUGGAUAGUGGUGUACGGAGCGGUUCACUACUACGGAUUCACGGUUCUGAUCGUCUGGGCUGUCUUUUACCACACCUAUAAUCACCUUUUCCGGAUCAGUUCUCGAAAAGAAGCUGGUGAGGAUGGCAAGUUAGAGGACAAAAGUACGGAAAAGCUUACAGAGGAAAAGAAGCCAGAAGACAAAAAGUCUGAGUAGGGGAAGGAUUGGAGGAAAUCACCGGCAGGAAGUUCUCAAAAUUUUAGUUUUGCCUUGACAAUUGUUUGGAAUUGGUAUUAAUCAAAGAAUCGAAUUGUUUUUACUAACCAAAUAAGAAGUUUUACCAAAUAA